AUGCUCGGAAAUGGUAAAUUUGGUUCAGUGUAUCUAGCCAAAGAUACUUAUUCUGGUAUGAUAGUUGCUUUAAAAAAAAUAAACAAAUAAACUUUACUUCGUCUGAAAAUAGAAGAUUAUUUACAAAAUGAAAUAAAAAUAUAAUCGUAUUUAAACCAUAUUAACAUAAUUAAGCUUUAUGGUUUUUAUUAAGAUAAAAAAAGCAUUUAUUUGAUUUAAGAAUAUGCACAUCAUGGAUCAUUAUAAAAUGAUUUAAUUAAAAAUAAGAAAUAUACAGAACAUUAAACACUUAUUUACAUAAAAUAAAUAAUGAAUGCUUUAACACAUAUGCAUAGAAAUAAUAUUAUAUAUAGAGAUUUAAAACCUGAAAAUGUUUUGCUUUCUUUUGGAGUUGCCAAAAUAGGAGAUUUAGGAUGUAGUGUGUAUAGUAUAGAGAAAAAGAGGUAAACUUAUUGCGGGACAGUUGAUUUUAUGAGUCCAGAAAUUACUUGUGGAUAAAGUUACGGGUAAGGUGUAGAUAUGUGGAGUUUAGGUAUUCUUACAUAUCUAUUUUUAACUGGCUAUUAUCCAUUUAAAUAUAAUAAUUAAAACGAUAAUAUAUAGCAUGUUUAAAAAGUUUUUUUUAUAUUUUAUUUAUUUUAUUUUAUUAUAUUUUUUUUUUUUAAGUAAAAUCUAAGUUUCCCUUAUUAUGUUUCAACACUUGCUUAGGAUUUUAUUUAAAAAUUACUUAAUAGAGAUUAAAAUUAAAGAAUUAGUAUAGAGGAUGCUGUAAUUCAUCCUUGGGUAAAUUAAAAUUUAAAUUAUUAUACUUAAGAAAAUUGGGAUAAUUAUAUUACUAACUAAACUAUGAAAAUGAUAGAAUGA